AAAUUUCAGUUGAAAAACUUGAUGAAACAUUUAACCGAAUUGCUUUAUCAUUUACCAAUGGAAAUGAUCUUUUUGGACAAGAUGAUAAUCUUGAAGAUGUUAGUCAUCUUGAUGAUAAUUGUGAUGAAGAGGUUAUAAAUUUGGAUGAUGUUAAUGAUAGCCAUUUAAUUAUUACUGAAAGCAUUGAUUUGAAUUCAAGUUUAUUGUCUAAUAAUAAUAUUUUAUCAAAUGAAAUUUAUGAAGAAAAUGAUAUUGAUCAUGGAGAUACAAAUUUUGACAUUGAUGAAUUUGAUGGAAAAGAGGAAGAUGACAAUAAUAAUAGUGAAGACCCGACAUAUACUGAAGAAAUUGUUGAUUUGUCAUUUGUUGAAUCUGAUGAAAAGAAAGAUAAAAUUAAGUUAACCCCAAAUGAUUUGAUAUCAGAUGGCAUUCUUGAGAUAAAUCAUAUAGGAUUAUAUAAUCAAAAGUUAUAUCAAAUAAUUAUAAAGAAUGAAUAUUUGGGUAGUUUUACAUAUAUUGAAUGGCAUGAUUCAAUGUGUUUAACAAAUCAAGAAAAUGCUUUCGUUCAUAAUUAUAUUUUAUAUGGAUCAAUUACUAUUCCAGAUAGAAUAGAUGAAGAUUGA